UUCUGAACUAAAGUACUCUUUUCUAUUAUUAGACUCAAAAUUCAUCAGAGAUAAUAAAAGAAUUUAUAAUAAUGUACACAAAAUUAGUUAUAAUAUUUAUACUUAUCUUUUUAGACUUCCAUUCAUGCUCAGUAAAACCUAGACUUCGAAGGAUUCCUCAUUCAGCUUUGAACAAGGAGCAUAAACAUGUACCCCAAGCGAGGGAGGGGGAUGUACAGUGGCCCUUGCAGUGGGAAGAGUCAGAGGCUGGGCAGGGGCGAGUUCGGAGGCGAGACUCUGAGCUCAUCCCCUUGGAUCUGGAAGUGUUCCGUAGGGAGCAGAUAGGACAAAAGCCUGUCUGGAAGGAUCCUCACCUUCAUCAGGACCCACAAAAAAGGAAACAUGACCAGACUGAGGAUGAGGAUUGAACAUGGUUAGAGUUAACUUUUCCCAAAUAAAAAUAAUUCUUCUCAAAA